UCUCUCGAGGACCAAUGAUCUGUUGCUGCCCGUGCAACUCUCUCUACUUUCUUCUUCUGCUGCUGCUCACUCUAGUAGUCUAGUAGAAUACGUAGUAGGAGUACUAAUUACCCACAGGCGUGCUUGGUAGUACGAGCUUCGCCAUGGAUUGCGCAAGCCAUGGCGGGACUGACACAUCGACGGACCCAGACCUCGACAAGAAUCAAGCGUUCGAACGAGGGCAUGCUGCUGCUGGGCUCACGCCUCCGGAUUCCAGUCACAAAUCGAAUGGUGAACUAGGUCCAAAGACGCUCCGUCGCCUCGCCCAAAACCGUGAAGCUGCUAGGAGAAGCCGUCUAAGAAAAAAGGCAUAUGUCCAGCAGCUCGAGAGCAGCGGCCUGAGGCUUGCUCGGCUGGAGCAGGAGCUCCAGCGUGCUCGCCAACAGGGAUUUCUCAUUUCUACUUUGGGAGACCAGCCUGAUUCAGAGAAUGGAGAUGCAGCUUCUUCGUUCUACGUGGAGCACGCACGGUGGCUGGAGGAGCACCACAAGCAGGUAGACGAGCUCAGAGCCGCCGUCGGUGCCCACGCCGGAGACGGCGACCUCCAGGCCAUCGUUGACACCGUCAUGGCACGCUGCGACGAGAUCUUCAGGCUCAAGGGCGCCGCGGCCAAGGCCGACGCCUUCCGCGUCCUGUCGGGGACGUGGGGGACCCCCGUCGAGCGGUGCUUCCUCUGGCUCGGUGGCUUCCGGCCAUCGGAGCUUCUCAUGGUUCCGACCAUCAUCGUUCUGCUCGCGAGCAGGCUGGAGCCCCUCACCGAGAAGCAGCUCGACAGUAUCGACGUCCUGCGACGUUCCUCCCUGCAAGCCGAAGAAGCACUCUCGAGAGAGAUGGAAGCGCUGCGACAGUCGGUCACGGAAACCGUCGCGGCGGCAGGAUCGUCGUCCCUGAGCUGCUCCGACGAUGAUUGCACGGGCCAAAUGGCGGUGGCGGUGGGAAAGCUAGGCGCCAUGGAAGGCCUCCUGCGGCAGGCUGAUGAUUUGCGACUGCGGAUUCUUGAGGAAACGCGGCGGGUACUGACCACCCGUCAGUGCGCACGAGCGGUGCUCGUGGUCACCGACUACUUCUCCCGGAUGCGCGCCCUGAGUUCUCUCUGGAUUGCACGUCCGACCACCGGAGUGAACUGAGUUUCGACAGCCGGACAUAUUAUUAUUCGAGAAAAGCAGAAGAGAACGUAGUACUGUGGACUACAUGUGAACUGAAAUUAGUGAACAGAUCUCUAUCUCUAUCUCUACUACUUAAAAAAUAAGUAGUGUUUCUUGCCCUGCCAUGGACCGCGUCCUGCCAUACUAUUGUCCGUCCUGGCGUCGAGCGGUGCGUCCCGGUCGGCGUCACAGGCUAGGCGAUGUCAAGGGCAGGACGUGUGGAGGCUGUCACCGAGGGAGGCAACCGAUGCUGUGGUGGUGCCGGGAAGAGGCCGCAGGCAGGGCGGCAGUAGGAGCACGACUGCCGUGUGUGUGUGUGAGAGAGAGAGAAAGGCGAUGAGAGAGGACGGAAGAGGGAGAUGAAUCCAAAGAUCAAGGAAUCGCUCCUCCCUGUUGGCACUCCUCUCCUGUCACACCUGCAUCACCAAGGGUUGAUGCGGUGGACGUGUGAUCAUGGGACCCCCGCUGCCAUGUGGCAUGGGCCCACCCGUGUGUGUGAGUGGCUGGGUAUAUAGCCAGCGGUAGCCAGUAGGCAAGGCGUGCGUGAUUUGUAUCUGAAGUAGACUCCCUCACCUACUCUGUAUCUCAUCUUCCUUGGCAAGAAAACUCUCUUUCAAGCCUGA